AUGGGCGCAUCUCUCCAUCCUAUCCUUGCUUCCCUUGAUUUAAAGGAUAUGUUCCCAGAGAGUGCUUCUUCAGGUACUGAUCCUCUCUGGUGCAAAUCCUUAAAAGCUCGGGCAAUAAGAAGAAGAAGAAUGAAAAAGAGGAACAAUGGAGGAAGGAUCUUGAUGAAAAGGAAGAGGGUUCUUCUGGGAGGUCAUUCUAGAAUGCCCACCAUGAAUGGAAUGGAGAGGAAGGUUAGAACCUUGAAGAAGCUUAUCCCUAAUGGUAGGAGUACUCCAUUAAUGGGUUUGGAUGGACUUUUCAGGCAAGCAACUGAUUACAUAUUGUCUCUGCAAAUGAAAGUGAAGGUUAUGCAGGUUAUGGUCAAGGAACUAUCAGGUUCUGAUGAGUAA